AUGCUUUGGGGGAGCUUGCGCCCCCUGCAGCCCAGAUGGUUGGUUCCUGCAGCAGCACGCGUUGCUGCUGCUGCUUCUCCAGCAGCAGCAACACCAACAGCAGCAGCAGCAGCAGCAGCAGCAGGGGCAGGCCUUCCCUGCUGCAGAUCCAGUAGGCAGCAGCUAACUGUGGGACGAGUUGGACGAUUAGCGGCAAAAGACGGCAAAGUGAGCAGCAGCAGCAGCAGCAGCAGCAGCAACAGCAACAGCAGCAGCAGCAGCAACAGUAGCAGCAGCAGCCGCAGCGGGCCUCUGCGGCUUCAUACAGCCCAGACGCCUCGCGCCGCCGCUAUCCGCAGCGGCGUGCAUACACCUGAGCACGUUCAAGCAGCAGCAGCAGCAGCGGGAAGCAAACCACCAGCAGCAGCAGCACCAGGAGGAGGAGCAGCAGCAGCGACAACGACAUCAGCAGCAGCAGCAGCAAUUCCUAUUUCAGAAUAUGAGGGCUCUUGGCUGCUGCAGGGGCCCCACAGACGCUGCAAGGGAGCAGCAACAGGCGAAGGCCUGCUGCUGCUUUGUCAACAGCUGGUGCAGCAGAUGGAGCAGCUCGCUGCUGCUGCUGCUGCUGUUCCUGCUGCUGCUGCUGCUGCUGCUGCUGCUGGUGCUGCUGCUUCAUCCCCAACUGAUAUCAGUAGCAAGCCUCCUCGCCUCUCAGGCGCAGAGCUGAAGCAGCAGCUGCGUCUUGUUGCUGCAGCAUUACCUUGGGGUUUUGGGGUGCGGGCUUAG